GAUGGACGGCCCUCCACUGGGCUGCAUUAUUUGGUAAAGCUGAGUGUGUGUCUACCCUCAUCCCGGUCACACCGCCCACCCCCGAGCUGCUGCAGGCCGCCGACGGACACACCCCGGUGCACCUCGCCAGCUUUUAUGGCCACGAGGCUGUGCUGAAGGCCCUGGAGGGGGCUGGCUGGCCUCUUUACGCAAUGGACGGCGAUGGCCUGACACCCCUGCACUGGGCUGUGAAGGCAAGGCGUCUGGACGUGGUCAGGUACCUGCUGGAUAAGGACACGGCGCCCAGUACGGGGGCCGAUGAUGACCUCACGCCGCUGGACUUGGCUAAGAGGAAGGGUAAAGACCUAGCAGCGAGGUGGCUGGCGAGGAGGAGCGGCGCGGUGCACGGGGACGCCGCCCACAGCCUGCUGCCUGUGGUCACGUCCAGUGCCGGGGUGAACGCUGCAGCAGGUGACGACACGCUGCGGCCAGAGGACGUGAGGAAACUGCUUGGCUUCAGGGAAUGGCUGAUAGACUACUUGAACAAGAUACUUGAAGCUCUCAACUUCCUCCAGCAGCUCCCCAUUCAGCCUCACACUCAUUCUGCCACCAUCAGCAUCCCUUACACAUCUCAUAACCUUGCUUUUUCCCGCAUUCACUUUCAACUUUCUUCUUUCACACACUCUGCCAAACUCUGUCACCAGAUUUUGUAG